AUGCUGCGACGGCCUCCAGGCGAAGGGACGCGCGUUGCUCGUCAGCGAACCUACCUCCUUGCUCUCGCUGUACUCGCCAUCUCAUGUCUACCCCUCGCCGAUGCUCAGCAACAGCAGAAACCUAUCGAGCCCAUCCCCCAAAUACACAGAGUCCAUCAACACCAACCCGCUGCCGGAAGCAGUCAACACGAAGCCGUUCGUGAUGUACUCCCUGACGCUGCUGCCCGCAACUGGGCCGCUACCAAUAUCAAGGCCGACAAUGCUGUCGAGUCUCCGAGGCGUCGAAACUCCGUAACCUCGAAGCAAUCCCAACCCAAUAAACAAGAACACGAACGUCGGUCCGACCCCGACAACAUACUCAUUCCUCACGAUGCGAGCGCCAUCGCAACUUUGGCUCCGGCUCAGUCCGUGCGAGCACCUCCUUCUGGACAUCGACCCAUUGCCUCCCGCGUUGGAGGUGGUGGGAUCUCUACGCAGCACCAUGCGCGGAGUCUGAAGGACUGGGAAGUAGAAGACUUCGUUCUUAUGGCGACCGUCGAUGGACACCUUUAUGCCAGUGAUCGUAAUCACGCCACUGAGCGCUGGCAUCUCGAGGUUGAUCAGUCAAUGGUCGAGACGACACAUUAUCGUCUCAACGCGUCCGAUCUGGACGAUGACUACAACCAUAUCGACCACUACAUCUGGGCCAUUGAGCCCAACCGCGAUGGAGACAUUUACUACUGGUCUCCAGCAGGCUCCACUGAGCCCAGACUAUUAUCUACCGGCCUGACCAUGAAGCAGAUGGUUGACGAGGGCGCCUCGGCCCUCGAUAAUCCCCCAAUCGUCUACACGGGCACUAAGAAGACCACCAUGAUCACACUUGAUGCCGCUACGGGCCGCGUGCUCAGGUGGUUUGGCUCCGGCGGCUCCCACGUCAACGAAGCAGAGAGCUGCUUGCGCCCAAACGCACUAUACGACCAGAACAACGAAGAGUGCCGCUCCGCCGGCACAAUUACUCUGGGCCGCACUGAGUACGAGGUCGGCAUAGCUCGCAGAGACGGUCGACCGAUCGCUACUCUCAAGUUUUUCGACUGGACUCCUAACACAAAUGACUACGACCUGCUCAACCAACACCAUCAAUCCAUUGACCAGCGCUACCAUACCACCACACAUGAUGGCAAGAUCUAUGGUGUUGAUUACGCCAAUGCUCACAAGGACAAACUGCCUAUUUUCUGCAAUGCGCAAUUUGCCUCGCCUGUAGUCAAGGUCUUUGACGUCUGCAGACCCAUGGGACUCGAACCCUUGAGCAACCCCGAUCUCAUUGUUCUUCCCCAACCUGUCCCACCAGCCAAGGAUGACAGCAACGCCCGGAUUCGAAGCCAACGCAUCUUCGUCAACCAGACCGACACGGGCAACUGGUACGCUUUGUCCGGGCGUUCUUACCCUCUCAUAUUGGACGCCCCCGUGGCCAAGACUUCGUCACCUGACUGGCUCCAGCUUGCCCAACCGUGGGGCAAGCUGAACGAGACGCAGCGGGUUGGAGCAAUGAUCGGAACCCACUACAUGGAUGGUGUCAUUAGGGGAAAGAUCUACCAACCCCCUAGUCUACCUGGACGCGCAGAAGCGUCUGAUGCAGUGGUGGACCCUGAAAACCAUCCAGUUCUGCCCACUACUGUUCCAGACGACGCUGUAGAGACGCCUACCAUCGUCAACAAAGUCAAGUCUAUCCCGCAUCACGUUUCCAACAGCGUUAUCGACUUCUUCUCCAAUCCUGUUUUGAUUGUGCUCAUUGUUUCCGUUCUGUUUUACUAUCAGAAAGAUCUACGUCGUUGGUACAAAACUAAGACGACGAAGUGGUAUAUGCGAGAUGAGGCUGCUUCCGACACAGAGGAUAUGGGUGCCGAUGCAACUCCUGAGCAAACGAUCCAUGACGAGAUCCCUCCUUCUGCGCCUGAGCAGGCGGAUGCACGUUCGGUACCACAAGAGGCUGCUGCCGACAAGCAGCUAGCGCCUGAGGGUUCAGUCCCCGCAAUUGAACCUGCCACUGAGAACGAGAGAGAAAGUGAGAAGACGCCAAUAGUUGAUCAAUUGGCCGCAGGCGUGGACAAGCAGUCUUCUGCCACCCCCCCUGAGCCCGGUACCCCUGAUGUCAAAAAGAAGAAGCCUGCUCACCGUGGCCGUCGCGGAGGCACAAAGCACCGGAAGGGAAAGAAGAGAGAGGAGAUGUCGCAGUCUCGCGACGACGAACCACCUGCUUCCGUCGAGGAAGCCGUCAACAAGGCCAAGAAGCUUGGUGUACAGGCUACUGGUUUGGAGCCCGAUGUAAUGACCAUGACAAACGACAUGCAAGCGGUAGGCGAGUCGAUCAUCAAAAUGGGCGGCAUCGAGGUCGACACCGAGAAUCAACUUGGCACGGGCAGCAAUGGCACCCUGGUCUUUGCUGGUAGAUUUGACGGGCGUGAAGUGGCUGUCAAGCGGAUGCUUAUCCAAUUCUACGAUAUUGCCUCUCAGGAGACGAAGUUGUUGCGAGAGAGUGAUGACCAUCCCAAUGUCAUUCGAUACUAUGCCCAGCAACAACGAGAUGGAUUUCUGUACAUUGCUCUCGAGCGCUGUGCAGCCUCUCUGGCAGAUGUCAUUGAGAAGCCUCACCACUUCACCCGAUUGGCUCAGGCAGGCAAGAUGGAUUUGCCUGGUGUCUUGUACCAAAUCACCAACGGCAUCCACCAUUUGCACAAUCUUCGCAUAGUCCACCGCGAUCUCAAGCCACAAAACAUCUUGGUCAAUAUGGGCAAAGACGGACGACCGCGCCUUCUCGUAUCCGAUUUCGGUCUCUGCAAAAAGCUAGAAGGUGGCCAGUCCUCCUUCGGCGCCACCACCGGUCGCGCCGCGGGAACAUCUGGUUGGCGAGCCCCUGAACUGCUACUCGACGACGAUGCCAGGGACACUGCCACUAUGGAGUCCAGCAUUCAAAGCGGAUCAGGAUCUAUACUUGUUGGUUCCGACAUGAUGUCCAACCGUCGUGCCACUCGCUCCAUUGACAUUUUUAGCUUGGGUCUGGUAUUCUUCUACGUCUUGACGAAUGGUUCACAUCCUUUCGACUGUGGCGAUCGUUACAUGAGGGAGGUGAAUAUUCGCAAAGGCAAUUACAAUUUGGCGCCUCUAGAUGCACUCGGCGACUUCGCGUAUGAGGCCAAGCAUCUUAUCAGCUUGAUGUUGAAUGCCAACCCCAAGGAGCGUCCUUCAGCUCGUGAUGUUAUGGCUCAUCCCUUCUUCUGGUCUGCCAAGAAGCGCCUUGCUUUCUUGUGCGACGUCUCGGAUCACUUUGAGAAGGAACCCAGAGACCCUCCUAGCGACCACCUUGUUCACUUGGAGAAGCACGCGCAGGCGAUCACCAAAGGCGACUUCCUGCGUCUACUGCCACGAGACUUUGUGGAUUCUUUGGGCAAGCAGCGUAAGUACACGGGGUCCAAGCUGCUUGACCUGCUGAGAGCCCUACGUAACAAGAAAAACCAUUACGAGGAUAUGCCCGAUUCAUUGAAGCGGACAGUUGGGCCUUUGCCGGAGGGUUAUUUGGCUUUCUGGACAGUAAAAUUUCCCAGAUUAUUGUUGGAUUGCUGGAACGUGGUAUGGACCGUGGAAUGGGAUAGUACUGACCGCUUCCGGGAGUACUAUGAGCCGGCUGGUCUUUGA